CGAAGUAAUAAGUUCAUUGUCCGGUGGUGCGGUCGCGUUUAUAUUUGUGUCGUUUUAGCCAAAUAAAAAUGUGUGAAAAUUAAAUGUUUUCUAUGAAAUCUAUCGAUUAAAGUGUGCUGCACGUGUGUUGUAUGAAAAAUAAAUGUUUGCCGGUGUUUUACGCUAGAAAUUUGUGGUGUUUGAAAACCAAAUUUUCACAUUUGCUUUUUUUCACAUUUCGCUUGCCUGUUUCAUGGAAGCGCCGCUGCUGUGUUUGUCUGCAUUUUACACAACAACACUGCUGCCACUUCCAAUAGGUGGAAUGUCUGCAUUCUCCCACUCGCCCCAUUCGUAAACAAGCCGAGAGUGUAGUGUGUGUGCGUGUGUGUACGGUCGGCGGUGUUAAAAGUAGUAAAAUAAUUAUAAUACGGUGAAGUGUAAAGCAUAAAUUAUGCCUGAUUUUAUAAAGUUAGUGCGGCAAUAUUAAUGAAAUGCGCAAACUUAAAUGUUUGUGUUAAUAUUAAGUGAGAAAUUAAUGCGACAAACGGUGUCGGUGCACAGUUUAUAAACAAAUCAAAUGUAGUCACAAAAACCUGCAAUAACAAGUGUUGACAGCCGCAGUCAAUAAUAGCGACCAGUGAUGCCCUUUUGGAAUUGUCAACUGUAACUGUUUGCGAUUAAUUUUGUGUUUUGGAAAAAAAUUAUUUUGUGUGUAACACAAUGUAAAAACUGCAGAAAGUAUGUUAAAGUGCUAAAAUUCUGCAAAAAAAAAAAGAAAACAGUUAUAAAGCAUAUUCAUAACGAAAAAUAACGAAAGUUGCAAAAAAAAAAAUAUUAAAAAAAUUCUAAAAAUUUAAAUAUUAAAAUAAAAAAGCAACUUGCAACACACUCGCACACAACUUGCCACAAAUCGCCGCCGACAAUGUGUUGGCUUUAGUGUCGUGUGGCGCAGUGCUGAAGUGUCAUCCUUCCGGCUGUGGCAACACUCAACUACACAUCUAAAAUAGUAGUGCCGUGUGUAUGCUAAAGCUUACAACAAUAAUAACAAGAAAGCAUAAAUAUAAAAUCGCAAAGGAUAAUAAAGGAUAACUGCUGAAUUCCGCUCCAAAGCGGUGCUGUUAGUUUUGCAUUCAGUUUGUUUCUGUUACACCGACACACACACAUACAUAUAUAGAAAAUUGUUGUUGUUGCUGCUGUAGUGUUAUUAUCAUUGUUUCGGUUCGUGCAACGCUCCCUAUAAUCGUUUGUUCGUUCGUUCGUUCGUGCGCCCGUUUUCGACGUCUACUUUUUUUUACAAUAACACAGAGACAACCAUUAUACAUAUAUAUAUACUACAAACAAAUGUUUUUCGCCGGUCGCUCGUUCUCUACUGUUUUGCAUCCGCAACAUUUUGUAUUUUCUCGCCUUCUUCGUGCAUGCUUCAGCCGUGUUGCAAGCAGCAAGCGCCAGUAGCAGCUCAAGUGUGUGUUGAAAGCUUUUUGUCGUGGUAAGCGUCUCACACUAUGCGAUAACGGUACAACGGUAAAAGCAGUCGCAUAAUAAUAGUUGCUUAUUGGUGUAUAUAUGUGCAACUGAGUCAAGCUGAGGGGAGUAGCAGGCGCUGUGCUGAUUUUUUCGCUUGCUGAAUACCGUUACACACAUAAGCAAGCACCGCGUAAAGCAGGCAAAGCCAUGCAAGCAUAGUUAAAGACAGCCAUCAGACAGACAGACCCGCAUAGACAGGCAGACAGACAGUCAGUCGGUCGGUCGCUGUGUUCGACACUCUAACACACACAUACAUACAUACCGAAAAAAAAAAAAUUUGGACGGCGCUUGUUCCGUGAAAAAAGCUGCGCAUGAAGCACAACACCCCAACAACACCGCUACCACUACUACAACAACUACUACGGAAGAGGGAUAGUCUGCAUUUUGGUCAUAUUCCAAAAUACGUUUUUAAGUACUUGCAACACAUUGCUUGUAACAUUACUAAGGUCGCAUACGCGUCAGCAGCAGCUGUUUGUAGUAGCGCCGCGAGUGCUUGGUGUAUUUGGUUGCUCGCCAAUCGCCAGCCAGACGAGGAGUUGGCGGAGGAGACGCACACUUACCACGUGCUAGAAACCACCGCCGGUUAUUACUUUAGUCGCUGUUCGUACGCGACGCAAUGGUCGGCAUGCGGACGUCUGCGACGCCGUGUAUCUGCUAUUGAAAUUCCGCUCAGCGCUCAAGACUGGCAACUUUUAUUUUCCGUUUCGGUUUUGCGACACACAACAUUCGCUACUUUUUAGACCAGCAAGUGAAGAAAAACAAAAACGGAAAGCGAAGAAAUAACAAGCAUAAUGCCAGCCCGACGGUAAUGAAGUAACUCUGUACAUAUAUACAUAUAUUUAAAUGUGUGUGUGUAUAUUUAGUUCUACGUCAAAACUUCUACAUUCCUUCCUGCCAUAAUUGUCUUUUUCGUCUAACUCAAAACUAAAUUUAAUUUAAACUUUUAUAAAAAAAAAGUUUUCUACUUAUAAUAUACGCUGAGUGUUUGAAGUUAAAAUUUAUAUAUAUGUAUAAAUAUGUGUGUGUAUAUUCGCCGCUGUAAGUGAAGUAAACGGAAAAGAGCAAUAGAACUAUACGAAAGUUAUAGCAUGUAAAAUAAAUAAAUCGAAAAUAAAGAAAGCAAACGAAAUAUGUGAAAAGAAAUUAAAGAAGAUGAAACGAGGUAAAUAAGCAACAAAACUUUAUUGUGAUUUAAUAAAAUAAUAAUAACUACUUACUAUACGAGCAAGGCAAAUAAAAGCUGAAAUCAUAAAACAAACUAACGAAAAUAACGAAAACUGAGAAAUUUGUUGUAUAAAACACCAAAAAAACAAAAAAAAAAAAAACACAAAUUUCAAAACAAACAUGCAACUGCACGAAUCACAAAUCAAACGAAAAAUGUCGAUAAGUCGAUGUUGCCACAAUGCCAACGAUGGCUUCACGACUAUCGCAGCGACGCAAGUCUUCCUCGUACUGACGCUGUUCGUGAUUGGGAAUCUAAGUGCCUGGCAGGAGAAUGUGCGGCCGAAACUUUAUGUGGAAUUAGGUCCUGAAGAUGUGCUAAAAUUCCUCGGAAACGAAAGUGUCGUGGAUCAUUUUAAACUUGUCACAAAGGAUGGCAACAGUCUGCUCGUCGGUGCCAGAAACAUCGUCUAUAACCUGAGUAUACACGACUUAUCUGAGCAGCAGCGCUUAGUGUGGCAAUCCACAGAGGAUGACGUCAAGAUGUGCAUUAUCAAAGGCAAAGCCGAGGAGGCAUGUCAAAAUUACAUUCGCAUCAUGGUAGUGACUUCGCCGGGUCGUUUGUUCGUGUGCGGCACCAAUUCAUUUCGGCCUAUGUGUAAUACAUACAUAAUCAACGAGUACAACUAUACCCAGGAGGCGAACAAAAGCGGCCAAGCCGUAUGUCCUUACGAUCCGCAUCACAAUUCAACAUCAGUUUUUGCUGAUAACGAGCUAUACUCCGGCACUGUGGCCGAUUUUAGCGGCAGUGAUCCGAUUAUCUAUCGUGAGCCGCUACAGACGGAGCAAUACGACAGCCUAAGCCUCAAUGCGCCAAAUUUUGUCAGCUCUUUUACACAGGGUGACUUUGUGUAUUUUUUCUUCAGAGAAACGGCUGUGGAGUACAUCAAUUGCGGCAAGGCAAUUUACUCACGCGUCGCGCGUGUCUGCAAAUGGGACAAGGGCGGACCGCAUCGUUUUCGUAAUCGCUGGACGUCAUUCCUGAAAUCACGCCUCAACUGCUCCAUACCCGGCGAAUAUCCGUUCUACUUCAAUGAGAUACAAUCGGCUAGCAAUCUCGUCGAAGGACACUAUGGCCAAACAAGCGCCAAAUUGAUUUAUGGCGUUUUUAAUACGCCAACAAAUUCAAUUCCCGGCUCGGCAGUUUGUGCAUUCUCACUGCAGAAAAUCGCCGACACAUUCGAGGGCAAUUUUAAGGAGCAGAGCAGCAUUAACUCAAAUUGGUUGCCAGUCAAUAAUGCCAAGGUGCCCGAACCGCGACCCGGCUCCUGUCACAAUGAUUCACGAACACUGCCGGAACCGACGUUGAAUUUCAUCAAAACACAUUCGCUAAUGGAUGAGAACGUUCCGGCGUUUUUCGGUCAACCAAUUUUGGUCAGGACGAGCACAAUUUAUCGCUUCACACAAAUCGCUGUGGAUGCGCAGAUAAAAACGCCCGGCGGAAAGACUUACGACGUAAUAUUCAUCGGCACAGAUCAUGGAAAGAUUAUUAAGUCCGUAAAUGCCGAAUCGGCGGACACAGAUGCGAAGGUCUCAUCGGUGGUGAUUGAGGAAAUCGAUGUGCUGCCGAAGAGUGAACCGAUUAGAAACUUGGAAAUUGUGCGCACCAUGCAGUAUGACCAACCAAAGGACGGCAGCUACGAUGACGGAAAAUUAAUCAUUGUCACCGAUAGCCAAGUGAUUGCAAUACAAUUGCAUCGCUGUCACGAUGAAAAAAUCACCAGCUGUAGUGAGUGCGUAGCGCUGCAGGAUCCAUACUGCGCUUGGGAUAAAAUUGCUGGAAAAUGCCGUUCGCAUGGUGCGCCACGUUGGCUGGAAGAGAAUUAUUUCUAUCAGAAUGUUGCAACCGGGCAACAUGCGGCAUGCCCAUCAGGUAAAAUCAAUUCCAAGGAUGCGAAUGUCGGCGAACAGAAAGGCUAUCGUGACGAUAUGGAUUUAUUGGAUUCACGACGCCAAGGCAAAGAUCAGGAGAUCAUCAAUAUUAUGGGGGAUAAGAAUUUCGAAGGUCCACAAAUUUCAGCAGAUAUUAUCAAUGCGCAGUAUACCGUUGAAACGCUCGUUAUGGCCGUCUUAGCAGGUUCAAUUUUCUCCCUACUAGUGGGCUUCUUUACAGGCUACUUCUGUGGCCGACGCUGUCACAAGGAUGAGGACGACAAUUUACCAUAUCCCGAUACGGAGUAUGAGUACUUUGAGCAGCGUCAAAAUGUCAAUCGCAUACAAGCCGAGCCCAAGCUUCUACCUCAAGUGGAGGAGGUGACAUACGCCGAACCGGUGCUCUUGCCACAGCCACCACCACAAAAUAAAAUGCAACAUUCACCAAAGAGUACGCUACGCAAGCCCAUGCAUCAUCAUGGUCCCAACUCCGAAACGCUCUUCCAAUUCCAGCCCGAUGGUUAUAAUACACAACAGACAUAUCGCGGUCGGGACAAUUUCGGCACACUGCGAUCGCAUCAGGUGAUGGGUGAUAAUUAUCGUCGUGGCGAUGGCUUUUCGACAACUCGCAGCGUUAAGAAGGCUGUAAACACAAAUACACGUAACAGAAGUCUUGGUCGUUUAAGAAGGCAGCCGCCCCGUCAUGGUAUUGUAACUCAGCACCGUUCGAAUAGUCCAGCACAACACUCCAGUUCCGGUUCAUCGCCGGUGAUGUCAAAUAGUAGUUCUAGUCCAGCGCCACCUUCCAGCAGUCCUAGUCCGCAGGAGAGCCCCAAGAAUUGUAGUUACAUUUACCGUGAUUGAUUGAUAUGUAAUACCAAAUCGAUGCCAUUAAUUAAAACAACAACAACAACCGCAACAACAGCAGCAGGAGCAGGAGCAACAGUUAA